CAAUCACGGAAUAAAACUUCUCGCGAGCACCAUCGUUCAAGCAGUACAACUAUACAACGUGAAAAUAGGAUCCAGUUGGUGCUACCACGAAAAAUAUUCGAUUCCGGCGCAAAAGAUCCAAACUGCGUUGAGAAAAAUAGCGAGCACUUAUCGCUAAAGAAUACUCCGAUAGUGGUGAUUUUCGGUUAACGAUCAGAACUAGCACGAGUGCAAUUUAAAUUUUCUCGUGCUGACGGGCAGAGAAUUCUACCUUUGGAAGAAGGGAAAAAAAUUCGAUCCGCCUUUCAAAGGCAGAGUGGUUAAUCAUCAUCAGCAGCAGCAGCAGCCGUGCAUACUCACCAAUACAGACACGCGCGCAUUUCAGUAGCAAAGGAGUCGAGCAAAUUGGACGAAAAAUGGCGUCGAUAGAUUCGCAGUUAAAAAACCGAAUGCAGGGUUUCAAAAACAAAGGAAAAGAUCAGGAGGAGAUGCGACGACGCCGCAAUGAGGUGACAGUUGAGCUGCGUAAAAACAAGCGUGAGACAACGAUGCUCAAACGGCGCAAUGUGCCCCAGACGACCGCCGAAUCAACAGAUGAGGAUGAUUACACUUCGCCAUCAAAUUUGAAAAAGCUGGUCGAAAAGGCAGGAAACAGUGCCGACAAAGAUGAACAGUUGGCAGCGGUUCAGGCGGCCCGGCGUUUGCUCUCCUCGGAUCGAAACCCGCCAAUCGAUGCAUUGAUACAAAGUGGAAUUUUGCCAAUUUUGGUGAGUUGCCUCGAGCGGGACGAUAACCAGCUGUUGCAGUUUGAGGCAGCAUGGGCAUUGACGAAUAUCGCCUCGGGAACAUCGGCACAAACUAAUCAAGUAGUUCGCGCUGGAGCCGUUCCUCUCUUCCUGCGUCUGCUUGGUUCACCGGCCCCAAAUGUGUGCGAGCAGGCCGUUUGGGCCUUGGGUAAUAUAAUCGGUGACGGACCAUGCCUGCGGGACUACGUAAUCAAUCUCGGUGUUGUGCAGCCUCUUCUGUCCUUUAUCAAACCAGAGAUUCCAAUUCCUUUCCUACGGAAUGUUACCUGGGUUAUUGUCAAUUUGUGCCGCAACAAGGAUCCGCCGCCUCCAGUCGAUACGAUCCUGGAAAUCCUACCCGCACUGAACAUGCUGAUCCAUCAUACCGACAUCAAUAUUCUGGUCGAUACCGUAUGGGCACUCAGUUAUCUCACCGACGGAGGCAACGAACAGAUUCAGCUUGUGAUUGAUAGUGGCGUAGUGCCGAAGCUUAUUCCCCUGCUGUCACACGUUGAGGUUAAGGUACAGACGGCAGCGCUGCGAGCGGUCGGUAAUAUUGUCACUGGUUCCGAUGAUCAGACACAGGUUGUGCUUAACUGUGACGCUUUGUCCCACUUCCCGUCGCUGUUGAGCCACGCGAAGGACAAAAUCCGCAAGGAGGCCGUUUGGUUCCUGUCGAACAUUACAGCCGGAAACCAGGCCCAGGUGCAAGCGGUUAUCGACGCCGGACUGCUGCCGAAAAUUAUUGAAAAUCUCAGCAAGGGCGAUUUCCAGACACAGAAGGAGGCCGCAUGGGCGAUCAGCAACCUCACGAUCAGUGGCGACCGGGAGCAGGUCGCACAGCUCAUUCAGGAUGGUGCCAUUCCACCGUUUUGUGAUCUACUCAACUGCAAAGAUACUCAAGUCAUCAAUGUCAUUCUGGAUGGCAUCAAUAACAUGCUGAAGCAGGCUGGUCCACACACCGAGGAGAUUGCCAACAUGAUCGAGGAGUGCGAGGGGGUGUCCAAAAUCGAAAUACUGCAGAAUCACGAGAAUAUCGAAAUUUACAAGCUGGCGUACGACAUCAUUGAGCAGUUCUUCUCAGAUGAGACCGACGAAGCCGUGCUGGACGAGCUGAGACCAAUUGCAGACGAGAAUGCAUACCAGUUCAACCAGACUCCUAAUGUUCCCCGGGAUGGAUUUAAUUUCUAAUGCAAGUGGGCGGAAGACGCGGUAACAGCAGCAGCAGCGGCAUAUAUACCCCAGAAGCAAAAGCCAGCUAGUAAUGGAAAGGAACACAACUAGAAUAUAUUAUCCACUAUAUCUUCCCCUCCGGAAAUUCCGAUACUUGAGUUCAGUUGUUAUUACAAAAUCAGUCGCCAGUAGCACCACAAACUCGUUUCUGGUUUUCCUCAACAUCGUAGCAAUCUCCUGCUCAAUUACUACUGAUCAGUUGUUCGGAUUACAAGGAAAGCAACACCACACACCACAUACUACCGAAGUAACAGAGGGAACCGUAAACGACAGAAAAGAAAACUAGUUUUCUUAAGAUUUUCUUCUAUUCUGAUAAACAGAAGCAAGUUUAUUAUAGCUAUUUAUUGUAUAAACAAUUAACUCGGACACAACAAGAAAACGGAACGAAGUGUUGAACGGACAGUUUAGGAUUAACUGAAGACGACAAAAGCAAUGCUAUUAAAGGUCAUGUACACACAUGCAGACAUUUAGUCACACCUCAUCUCCCUCUUCGCCUCAACACAUACACUCAUUCAACACCCACACAACCAUACCCAUUCGAAGACGCUUAUACACAAACGAUCGUUGGUUGAAUUUGAACACAUUUUUUUUCUGGAAAAAAAACCACAACAAUUUACUCGUUAGUUGUUUUGUUUGUUCCCUUCUUCGACCAACGAGUCCUUUAUCGUAAAUUCAUCGUGUCUCAUUUUUUUCUUCAAGCAAUCGUCGCCACCCCCAUCGCUAGUGCUUGUUUUUCACGAAACCUCUACUCACACUACUGUUAACCGAGCGGAUUGAAUAUAUGCACGCCAACAGCGAUGGAAAUUUUAGUUUUUGACUCGAACUCGAAGAAGGGAAGGAGUUUUGAAAUAGAAGAAGACAUUUUGAACGGGAAACCCAUCCGCGCGAACACUAGUUUUUGUUCUGAAGCAAAACGACCAGUCAUUCAGGAAUGUAGAGAAAAAUUUGAAAACAUUAGGGAAAUGUUGCUUUUAGCCCGUUUUUUUAUAUAUAAAAAGGGAGAACAUAUUUUUCCGUGUAAAAAGGCAUAUUUUUUAUAUUAUAAACUUAAUUGAUCGAAAUAAACCGAUGGACUGUAA